CUCAAUACGUGCGUCCGGUCUGCGUCAUAGAUGUCAGAGGUCAGCGUGUGUUACAGCGACGAUAUGCUCAGUGGUGUACAUUUGAAAAUGGCGAGUUUGUGUGCGCGAGCAGUCAGACAGAGCUACUCACUUGUAGCCAAAUCUGCACUAUCAAGAGCGCCUCCACGAUUGUUAUGCACAGCCAGCCAGCAGACGAAGGAGGAGGCUGAGAAGCCGGAGCAAAGUGCAGCAGAGACUCUCCUGACCGAGGAUAAAGUCCGGCUGGAGGAACAGCUCAAGGACAUGACGGAAAAAUACAAGCGGGCCUUAGCAGACACGGAGAACCUCAGGACGAGGAGUCAAAAGAUGAUAGAAGAUGCUAAAUUAUACGGGAUCCAAGGAUUUUGUAAGGAUCUGCUGGAGGUGGCUGACAUAUUGGAAAAGGCCACAGAGAGUGUGCCCAAAGAGGAAGUUACAAGCCAGAACCCACACCUGAAGAACCUGUACGACGGCCUGGUGAUGACCGAGAUCCAGGUUCAGAAGGUCUUCACAAAGCAUGGCCUAUCCAAGCUCAAUCCCGAUGGCCAGAAGUUUGACCCCUAUGAGCAUGAAGCCCUCUUUCAUGCCCCCAUGGAGGGCAAGGAGCCUGGCACUGUAGCCAUAGUAACCAAAGUAGGCUACAAGCUUCAUGGGCGCACCCUCAGGCCAGCAUUAGUGGGCGUGGCCAAAGCUCCCUAGAAGUGAUUACUUAACUGACCAAGUGGCAUUUCCUUUGUUGCCUGGGUAACAGAUGACCUCAGGUGUAGCAACAUGGCAAGGGUCAAAGAGACGGGAACCUAACUGGACAGAACUUUGUAUCUUGACAUAGUCCGUCAGUUUUUAACCUAUACAUUUACACCUACACUUUGUCUGGACGGAACAGUCAAUACUGUAGACCUCCCGCUCUUCAUCAGUUAUGCGAGUCACCUCAUCGUAAUCCAACAAUCCACAAAUUGAGAAUAAGUGCUGAUUCUUUACGGCUAUCAUUCCAGACUUCUGUUUAAAGCCCACAUUAUCUUGAAAUGCACCUCUUGGGUUUUCUUGUUCCAGAGGUUUGAGUUAUAAUGUGAAUAAACCAAGGAACAGUAUUUGAUGAUCUGAAAGGUUGUGAUUUCACUUGGUCUAUUUCCUUCUAUUAUUCAUGUGGUAACGAACACACUUCAGUAAACCAGCCUCAGUAAACGUAAUAUUUCUGAUCAAAAAUGUGGCUCUGUGGUGCCUGACAGUAAUGUUACAGCUUUAAAUGACCUGUAUGGAUCUUUGUUCAAACGGACACUGCAUCCGAAUAAAAGGAUCAACUUUUGAAAGGAA